AACCGAACAGUAAUCAUGCAGCUGAAGAAGAAAACAACAACCACACGACACUGAUAACAAUAUGUUCACCACCGGAAGCAAAAGACGAUAUCCUACAAGGUAACUACCCACCUACUCCUUUGCUUAACAAUAUGAUAAUCAACACAGGAUCGCCGGUCGCAACAAUACACAUAAACAAUGAAUCUCCAGUGACAAAAAACAAAAUACAGAAAUAUUCGUCAAUAAAUUAUUCAACGUUGAAACAGCUUCCAACAGUCCAAGGGUUCACAAACCCAUUAGCAGCCAAUAGCGAGACACUUGAAGCUUAUAUCGAACUCCCAGAAUUCGCUUAUAAAAAUAUAAAAGCAAGUGCGAAAUAUCAUCACAAUGACAUACCUCUGCAAGCUUCGGAAGGUG